CUUAGACCCACAACACCAACCACUCACCUACCCACCAUGGCAUCCUCAACCGCCACUACAACCACAGACCCAAUCAUCACCGGCACCGGCAAUGCGCGUUUCAACGCCGACGCCGCCAACUGGGACUCCAACCCUUCCAUCCAACUCGCCACCUCCCUAGCCUUCGAAUCCUACCUCUCCCGCUUGCCCCCUCCCUCAGAACUAUCAUCUUUCAACGUCCUCGAAAUCGGCUGCGGCACUGGCUUGCUAUCUCUCCUUCUCGCGCCCCACGUCCGCUCCCUCACAGCCGUUGAUGCGGCGGAGGGUAUGAUUGACGUUCUCACUCACAAGUUAUCGCCUGGCGGUACCUAUGAGCAAGUGAAGAAUGUCCGGCCAGUUGCAGCACUCCUUGAGGACCCGGAGGACCCUAUCAUCAAGAUCGAUCCUGUCACGGGGGAGGCGUGGGAGGGCAAGUUCGAUUUGGUUAUUUCGCAUCUGGUGCUGCACCACGUUGCUGAUCUUGCGGCGCUGUUCAAAACUAUCUGUGGUACCCUGAAACCCGGCACUGGUAGGGUGGUGACGACGGACUUUGAGAAUUUCGGACCGGAAGCGAGGAGGUUUCACCCGGAGGCUAAGAUGGAUGGGGUGGAGAGGCAUGGGAUUACCAAGGAGGAAAUGGAGGAGAUAUUGAAGGGGGUGGGGUUUGAGGAGGUUAAAGUUGAGAGGGGGUUUGUAUUGCAGAAAAGGGUGGAGAGUGAGCCCGGGAAGGGGGAUAUGGAGAAGGGGCCGGUGAUGGAGUUUCCAUUUUUGGUUUGUGAGGGGAGGCGGGUUUGA